AUGUCAAAAUUAUUUGAAAUAAAACAGAGAAUAGAAAAAGGAGAGCGUGUUGUUGAGGGCUUAAACGAAGCAAAACUUCUAAUGUCACAGUCGAAUCUACUUAUCCCCUCAACUAGAAGUGAUAUGGUCGAUUUACAAGUUUCUAGGGAUAUAUUAGAAGUUGGUGCACUCCACUCAAUCACCUCACAAGAUUUGAAAUCUUUCGAACGCUAUAUAAACCUAUUGAACCCUUUCUGGUCACUUACAAACGACUCCACCAAUCAACCAAAGAUCAUUGCCCUACAAUUACUCAUAUAUCUCACUCAAAAUAGAAUCUCUGACUUCCACACCCUCCUUGAGUCUAUCCCUAUCCACUUAUUAUCCAACUUUCACAUUCAAACUCCCAUUAAAUUAGAAAGAUGGAUCAUGGAAGGUUCUUACAGCAAAGUUUGGGAUUCAAAGCCUGAAAUUGAGUUAGCUGGCCAUUGGAUUUGGUUGGCCUUCUUGGAAACUAUUAGAAAUGAAAUCGCUUCCUGUGAAGAGAAGGCUUACGAUUCUUUACCAAUCAAUGACGCUGCUACUCUCCUCUUCUUCAACUCCCCUGCUCAACUAACUCAAUUCGCUACUUCCAGAGGUUGGACCAUUUCCCCUUCCACCCAACACGUCAUCUUCAAAGACCUAAACAGCAUAACUGGCAUUGAAAAGCAAAAGUUCUCACUUCCUUCUCAUAACAUGAUAUCUCACUCCCUCAAUUACGCUAAAGAACUUGAAACUAUUGUUUGA